GUAUUAGAUGUCCAACCUCCUAAUCUUCGCUUCCUCAGCCUAGUCGUGGCUGCCCCGUCAUAUCCCGGAAAAUUUGAGUCUGAGGAGGGCUCUAGUUCUCCAGACUACCUUCUUCCAGAGCUAUGGCUGGCUAUGAUACCAACCCGUUCGCGGACCCAGUGGAUGUCAAUCCAUUCCAGGAUCCUUCUGUGACGCAAAUUACUUCUGGCAACCAUGGAAAUUUGGAGGAAUUUAAUCCCUUCACAGAAAAUUCCCAUCUGACAAACCCCAGUCAGAAAACUAUUCCAGUACAGCCUGUGGCACCUUCCCAACCUGCUGUUCUUCAGCCGUCCGUUGAGCCAAGCCCGCAGGCUGUAGCAAUGGCAGCACAAGCGGGACUUCUACAGCAGCAGGAAGAACUGGACAGGAAGGCCGCUGAGCUGGACAGAAAGGAGCAAGAAAUGAGAAACCUAAAUAUUAAUUUAAGGCAGAAUAACUGGCCUCCUUUACCUCCAAAAUGUCCUAUUAAACCCUGUUUCUAUCAAGACUUCUCCACAGACAUCCCAGCAGAUUAUCAGCGCACCUGCAAGAUGGUCUACUACUUGUGGAUGUUACAUGCAGUCACCCUGCUCCUCAAUGUCCUUGCCUGCCUGGCAUACUUUACCAACUACUCCAAUGGGGCAGUGGAUUUUGGCCUGUCUAUCUUGUGGUUUGUCAUGUUCACUCCAUGUGCCUUCUUGUGUUGGUACCGGCCUUUAUAUAAAGCUUUCAGGACUGACAGCUCCUUCAAUUUUUUCCUGUUCUUCAUAAUAUUCUUCUGUCAGAUUGUAAUAUACAUCAUACAGACAGUGGGAAUCCCAGGCUGGGGAGACAGUGGCUGGAUUAUGGCUGUGUCCAUGUUACGAACCAAUGUUGCUGUUGCAGUUAUUAUGAUGGUCGUGGCUUCAUUCUUCACAGUCUGUAGUGCUUUCUCUCUUUUCCUGCUCAAGAGGGUUCAUUCCAUGUAUCGUAGGACAGGAGCCAGCUUCCAGAGAGCACAGGAAGAAUUUUCCCAAGGCAUCCUCUCCAACCGUAAUGUUCAAAAUGCAGCUGCCGGAGCAGCCACAUCUGCUGCCAGAGGAGCUUUCCAAGGAAACUGAGCUACAAUACUUUCCCUUUCUCUCCGCAUUCUGGCUGUUCUGAAGAUCACCCCCUCCAGACUAAACAGCAUUUUUGAGAGUAAAAUCAGAUCGUAUCUCUCUUAAAGCACCUGAUCUCCUUCUUAAGCCUCCAGUAGCAGACUCCAGCACUCCACAUUUAAACCCCUCUCCUCCUCAAGCAAGGAACAAGAGACUAUAUAGAAUUCUAUAUAUAUGUGUAAAUAUAUAUAUAUUCAAAUAAGCUGAACUAUUUGACUUGCUGUAGGCAGGGUAUUUUUUUUUAGCUCCUGUGAGGAUUGUGGUGGAAAAGGGGCAACUUAGUGAAGACUUUGGGGGUUAUAUUAAAGCUUUGAAAUUUUUGAAUUGUUACCUUUUUGAAAACACUGAAUUGCAUGUGGUAUGAAGUAUUUAAUGCCUUUCUGCUAGGUCUGCAUUACCCUGAUCUAGAAUUGUACAAAAAAUAUGUGCUGUAUCUAAAAUGAGGAUGUUUGAAUCUGUAAUAUAGUAGUCUUCAUUGUCCCCUCCUUGUAAAUCUGUUUAAUCUUAAGUUGCCCUGCAUUUAGCGUCUUGCUGAGGUGGGUGAUGUAGCAACCAUUUAUACACUUUUUUUUUUUUUUUUUUCUUUUGUUUGCUUUUCUGUCACUGGAAACAAAAAGACGCCAGAUUCCAUCAAAAUCUACUGAUUUCAUUUUGUUUUCUGAAUUAAUGUCUUAAACUAAAAAAAAGUAGUUGAACCUUUAUCAAUAAUUUAGCAGCAGAUAAUUAUCUUUAAUUGAUAUAAAAUCAUUGUGGAAGGAUACACUGUAUAUUUGUCAUGGGGGGGAAAUUAAGCAUAUUUUUUUAAUAUAUACAUAGUGUUUCACUAUAUAAAGGAGGGAUUUAAAUUUUGUUUUCCUGUAUAAUGACCGUUAAGUACGUGCCUGAGAGAUGGCAAAUUACUCUUGACAACUGCAUAUGAUAACAGAGAUAAGUGGACUAAAGAUAUAUCUUUGUGGAAUUAAAUAUGAAUACAUUGAUGUUUUUCAUAACUGCACCAGCUUUGUAUGAUGUUAAACUCCCCUCUAACUCAGGGGUAAUAAGUAGAACUUAAAAUAAAUCUGUUUUCUAUGA